UUCUCUGUUUCCUUUCUGCAGCGUCUCGGAAACUUAUUUCCACUUACGUCUGAAAAUAUAUCUUAGAUCUAGUUGAGAUUUUUUCCCUUAUUUUUAAAAUUAAUCCUCCACUCGUGUUGCUUUCCUCCAGCAUUGUUGUAAUUGUAAACAAAGCGCAUGUGGUAUAGUGAGGCAAAAGCGGGUUUAACGCGGAUAUUCGCCGCUCUUGCGCCCGGAGAACGGUUGGUGACCCGGAAGUGACUUUUACCCCGGCAGUCCGGCUCUCUCUGUCAGCUGGGACUGGGGUGAUGGCUGCCGAGUCCCGUCGAGCACAGUUCCAGUUUCUCCGACCCGGCCAUUGAUCAGGAGCGGCCGCUGCCUCACUACCUGCCGUAGGCCCAGGGAAGAAGCCGUAUCCCAGAAUGGCAGAGCUGUUAGCAGCGGAAGGGCCGCCGCGGGGCCGUACUCCCAGCCCGCUCCCGCUCGCUGGGCCGCCCAGUCCGCGUCCACCCGCAAUUCCCUCUUGCCCGCCGCGCAGUCCAGAGCCCCCUGCACCUGACAGGGCUGUACUGGGGGGAGGCAGUAGCAGUGGCGGCAGCGCCAGUAGCAACAGCGGGGGCUCUAAAUGGGUCCGGCUCAACGUGGGCGGCACGUACUUCGUGAGCACCCGCCAGACUCUCUGCCGCGAGCCCAAGUCUUUCCUCUGCCGUCUCUGCUGCCAGGAGGGACCCGAACUGGGCUCGGAUAAGGAUGAAACGGGAGCAUAUCUCAUUGAUAGGGAUCCCACAUAUUUUGGUCCAAUCCUGAACUACCUCCGGCAUGGAAAACUCAUAAUAAACAAGGAAUUGGCAGAAGAAGGUGUGCUGGAAGAAGCUGAGUUUUACAACAUCGCAUCUCUCGUGCGGUUGGUGAAGGAGCGAAUACGGGACAAUGAAAGCAGAACUUCUCAAGGACCUGUCAAGCAUGUUUAUAGAGUCUUGCAGUGCCAGGAGGAAGAGCUCACUCAGAUGGUGUCUACUAUGUCGGAUGGUUGGAAGUUUGAACAGCUAAUCAGUAUUGGAUCUUCCUAUAACUACGGAAAUGAAGACCAAGCAGAAUUUCUAUGUGUUGUAUCCAGAGAGCUCAAUAACUCUACCAAUGGCAUAGUCAUAGAGCCUAGUGAGAAAGCAAAGAUUCUUCAGGAGCGAGGGUCACGGAUGUAACCUAAACAUCUAAUACUUUAAAACUCCCAGAUGUCAAAGGGGCAAUCUAGCUGGGCAGAGCAUUUCUCCUGCAGUCCAACCUUGCUUUUGUACAGUAAUCAAACUAACACAAAGCAAAGCUGAGCCUGUCCUGCCAGUGGAAAACGUAAUCCUGGUGAAAACCAAGGGCUCUUCCCACUCCAGUUACAGAAGAUGAAGAGGAAUGAAGAGAAUCUUCCAGCCAGAUAGCACCCUUGCCCCAGUAACUCUGUUUCAUUUUCUUUCUGGCACUGGUGUGGUUUAUUUUUCUUUAUAUUUUUAUGUUUUGGCUUUCUUUAGAGGAGGCCAAAAGUGAGGGCUGCCCAGAGUCCUGGGCACUUUUAGAAAUCCCAGGAAUCACUGGUCUCGACUAAGGGCAAAGAAGUUUGAUUGAACAGUGUCAUUUCUAAUGCUUAAGUUAGGAGAUUUGUCACAGUUAGACUUGCCCAGAUCUAAUGAAAAUAGAUUUGGAAGUGAAUGUCUAAACCAAGAACAUUCCUUUCCCCAUCUUCUCUAAAUCUUUUUAAUUCUUGUUUUGGAUUUGUUACUGGCUCAGAUACCUGUUAGAAGGGAAAUUUUAAAGUUGUUUUUAUAGGGAGAGGAGAUUAUGUCUACCACAGGGCCUUGGCUGAAGGGUUUUCUUCAGAAAACACUAAAAUAAAAGCAUUUAUCACAGUGUGGUUUGGUCAUCGCCAUUCACACAUUUUUUAAAAUGUACUGUUACUCCCCAAGUUUCAGAUUCAUUUGUACUAUCUCCUAUUCUCUCAAUGUCAGAGGAAGGUGGCAGUGGGCCUCAUGUCCUAUUUCUCCUGCCAGAGCUUGGAGAAUAGUCCCUUGGUUUUAAAAUUGCUUUUUGAUCUGAAGGAUUUGUUCCUGCCAAGUUCAGCUUUGCCUUGUCUAGUCCAACAGCAUGAAAUGAUUCCCUUGUUCUGUCCUGCAACAAAAGCAGGUUUUCUUUUGUACUCUGGUUACUUUGAUAGGAUUUAACAAUUCUUAUCCAAUACAUUUGGGGAUGGAGGGUCCCUUAUUUACACAUGGCGAUUCUUCACCUGCAGUCCCCCACCCCCUUUAUUGUGUUAUCCAAAAUAACUAAGGGGUAUUGUGCAGGUGAAGGGGGUGGGGAGGGGAGGGCUGGUGAUGAAAGUUGCCAAAUUGUUGUGAUUUUUUCUUGUUCAGAGUGGUGUGUGAACUUCUGUAACUUUUUUUUCCUUUGGAAUGCCUUGAAUGGAUGUGAAAAUGUUGUACCUCUCUUCUAAUCUUAGCCAAAUGGGAUUCACUGAUCUUGUCAGUGAACUUGUGCCAUCCCUAAUCAGUGAAAUGUCCCCUCCCAGUUGUUGGUAAAUGGGAAUCCUUUAAGCGUUGGCUGCAUGAUAUCUCGCCUCCAUAUUCUGAUCCUUGUUAGUCAUCUUGACUUCUGAGUCUUGAGAUAAGACCCAAACAUACUGAACCAAAGUUUUGGAGAAAUUGAAAUGCUUUGGUCUCCCUCGGCAAUAAUCGAAGCUCCCAUAUCAGCUUAUGAUCAGAAGUUCCCUUAUAUACAAAUUGGUGUGUUUGGAAUUUCCCACCAAGGAAUUGCAUUACUGUGUCUUUUUAUAGUUUGAGGUGAUAAGGCUUCCCAUUCUAUUUCUUCCUUGUAAAGGUAAUGGGUGGGGUAGAAGGACGGUGUGUGAAAUGGUGAUAGAGGCAUAGAACUCAUAAUGGAUAAAAUACAUAGUUUGAGGAGUUUAACUCAAAUGUGGCGUUUAAUUGCCCCCCUUCCCCAUACCCUCCAUUAUUUUUUGUUUGUGUCUUCUUCAGUUUUUAUGUGUUUAUAUCACUGAGCUUCCCACAACAUACCUCCAGAGAUGUUUUGGUAGCGUUAGGGUUUGUAUAACACAUACUAGUUCAGUCUCUGAAACAACAGACUGUACCAAAAGUCUUGAGGUCAGACACUGGCUGCUAAAACUCAACUGGCUCCAUACUGUGUUGAAUUAAACCAACUUUCCUGUUCUAUCUUGCCCUUCCUGUUUAUAAUGUGUUGGUACUGGCAUGAUUAGACUGUACGUCUUGGCUGGAUUUAACUAACACUGUGAUGUGUACAUAAAUCUCUUGAGUAUCUUGUACCUUCAGCUGUUGUCAGUGUAUGUCCACAACUGAGAAAUAAUCAGGUGUGUAUGUUCUGUAAGGAAGUAUAACAACCACAAAUAUAUAGCAUUCACAUACACCCUCAUAACCUCUCCUUCUCAGGGAGGAGGCAAGAAUGGGUGGUGAUAUGAACUAUUUGAAAGAAAAACAAGCUGACAAUGCCAAGAGUAGCUGCCAUUUCCAACAUGGCCUAACCCAACUCAUUCCCCACCUUGCUGGGCACGUAGCAGUGUUAGGUUUGCUUGGAAGGAGACCUUACUGUGUAGCUUUAGUUAACCGAAACAAAUACCUCAUUGCUUUAAUUUUAUGGUCACCAAAAACACCAUGCAUGGGGAAGCCCCAUUAGAGGAGUGCCUGAUGUCAGGAUAACAGCCUGGAUAGAAAGACUCAUUGUGUUGCCCAUUGGGCCAUUGGGAAUGGCUCCAUUUAAAUCUGGAGGAAAACCAGAUUGUGAGAUGAGUCAUAACUGGCUUGAUGCAAUGCAUUACAGCAGGAUUACUGCUAAACUUCUCUGAGAAUCAGUGUUUCUGCCUGAUAAAUGGGGUAGUUCUAUAUACUCCACUUGCUGCUGACAACUAGUGAGAGGUUUUCAGUGGAUGUAGUUUUUCACUGGAACACAGUUGCCUUCCCCCACCUUACCUUGUUAAGUAUUCUCAACUAAAGUAAUUUAAACUUGUUGGGACCCUCCCUGGAGUGGUGAGCUGUUUAGCUGGAGAUAGAAAUAGUAUUAGGGAUUGGAAUAGCUAUUGGCUUUCCUAGUAUAAGGGCUUGAAAUCCAGCUACAGCAAGACACCAUUCUAGCUCAUCCACUUGUGAUAUUCUUUUCCCACAAUGACAGGUCACCUUCAGGCCCUGUUAAUCUCAAGAACUGGCUUCCAUGUUCAGCACCAGUUUUAUCUCUGCCUUUAUUAGCAACAGGGCUUUUCCUUCAAUUUGCCUUUAUCUCUGUUGAAACAUUCUCUCCUAAGCUAAAGCUGGAAAAUAAAUAACCCUAUUUCCUCCAUGGAAGGCAGUAAAUGAAAAGAGAUGCAAAUGAUGGGAUGGGUAGUCUUCAGAACGAUUUGCAUCUCUUGAGAAGGUUUUCUGUAAACCAUUAGCUAGCCACUGGGGACCAGUAGCAGGUCCUGUUUCCCAGUGGCAAAUGUUCUGUUACAGCAAGGUUGGAGCUAACCUUCUCUUAAAAGUGUCUUUGUUUCUGCUCAUUUUUAAUCAAUUUUUCUCAGGGGUGAUUGAGUGGUCCGAGGGGAGGGGGGUUCCACAAAGGAGUAGGGUUGGCUCCUCGGACCUCCACAGCUGGGCCGUGGGCUCUUCACCCUCAGGUUUUGCCUGCAAACCUAGAGGUUUUGUACAGUUUGUCACAUGUCAGUGCCCUUUGCUACUGUUUUUCUUUGUUUAUUAAAUGUGUUUGAAUAAUAAUGGAGAUGCUGUGAUGAUUUUUUUUCCAAUAAAGAUUCUGACAUGA